AUGGAGGAAAAUGGAGACGGGAUUGGAGUUGAACCAGAAAUAGAGGAGGAUGUUUCAGAAAUAGAAGACAACGAUCCUUAUUUUGAUCCAGACCAUCAUGAGACCGAACAGUCAACAAAUGGCGAGGAAGAGGCCCCUGAGGAAGAGGCACCUGGGGAAGAGGCCCCUGUGGAAGACACACCUGAGGUGACAUUCCAGUCCAAGGAUGGCAACUUGCUCUGGUAUUCAUCCCCCCAGGACAGAGGAGGCAGAACAAGAGGGGAAAAUAUCAUUAGGAUGUCACCAGGGCCAACACGGUAUGCAACAUCUCGUGUGGAUGACAUCAAGUCCAGCUUCCAACUCUUUUUACCAGAGUCCAUUGUGGAAAUUAUACUGGCGAUGACAAACCUGGAAGGGGGGCGUGUGUUUGCGGACACAUGGAAGGCCUUGGACCAGGUAGACCUCCAAGCCUACAUGGGUCUGUUGAUUCUAGCAGGAGUACAUCGGUCCAACAAUGAGGCUACAAAAAGUCUGUGGGAUGCAGAGUCAGGGAGGCCUAUAUUCCGGUCAACUAUGUCCCUGCAACAGUUUCAUGUCCUCUCAAGAAUUAUCAGAUUUGAUGACAGAGCUACACGACCUUUCCGCUGGCGAGACGACAAACUGGCUGCCAUCAGGAACGUUUGGGACAGGUGGGUGGAGCGCCUACCACUGAUGUACAAUCCAGGCCCUGAGGUGACAGUGGACGAGCGCCUGGUCCCUUUCAGAGGUCGCUGUCCAUUCAAACAGUACAUCCCAAGCAAACCAGGCAAGUAUGGGAUCAAGAUCUGGGCAGCAUGUGAUGCCAGGAGCAGCUACGCCUGGAAUAUGCAGGUUUACACAGGGAAACCUGUUACUGGAAGGCCAGAAAAAAACCAAGGCAUGCGUGUUGUGUUGGACAUGACAGCCGGUCUCAAGGGGCAUAACAUCACAUGUGAUAACUUUUUCACAUCACAUGGGCUUGGUCAGGAGCUGCUGAAAAGAAAGCUCACCAUGGUGGGGACAGUGAGGAAGAACAAGCCUCAACUUCCCCCUGCACUGGUGUCGACCAGAGGGAGAGAGGCACUCUCAUCCAAAUUUGCUUUCACUGACACACACAGUCUUGUGUCAUAUUUGCCCAAGAAAAAUAAAAAUGUCAUCCUGAUGAGCACUCUACACAAAGACGCCGCUGUCAGCGAAGCAGAGCACAGGAAGCCCCAGAUCAUCCUGGACUACAACAGAAACAAAGGAGGCGUUGAUUGCCUUGAUAAGCUUACUGGUACAUACACCUGCAAGCGAAUGACAGCUCGUUGGCCUGUGGCUGUGUUCCACAACAUCCUCGAUGUGACUGCAUGUAAUGCAUAUGUGGUGUGGACAGCGAUCGACCCAGCCUGGAAUCAGGGGAAACGUUUCAAGAGGAGACUCUUCCUGGCAGAGCUUGGGAAAGCUUUAGUGACUCCUCUAAUUCAACGGCGCCAGCACCGCCGCAGAAACGGAAGAGAUGCAAGCUAUGUGCCCUAUAGAGACAAUAAGACAAGUCUUACAUGUUUCAAAUGUGAUGCCUACGUUUGCAAGACACACUGUGACCUGAUUGCAAAAUGCCACUCCUGUGUCUGA